AGUGAUUGAGUGUAUUGUUUGUUGUGUUGAAAUGUUGUGAAAUUAGACGACAAUUGUUUGUCACCCGAAGAGCAGCUAAUUAUGCGUUAAAUGAAGAUAUAGUUGACAUCAAUCGACACACCAUUCAAGCCAUGAAGAGAUCGUUUAACUCAAUGAAUGGCAACACGAGUGCCGCCGACGACAAGAGUGUCCGAAGAGUCGGUCAAUACGUAUUGGGUAUGCGUUUAGGCAAUAGUCCCGUCCGAUCGAUAGUCCAAUGUCUGGCCCGACGUAUCGGUGAUCCGCAGAGCGACCGCUUCUUUGCGGUCAAAAUCCUAACUCUGGAGGACUUGUAUAACGAGAGUCAAGACGACAGACAGGGAAAGAUGUUAUUGCAUACCGAGUACUCAUUGCUAUCACUUCUGCACGACAUGAAUGGCGUGAUUCACGUCUACGGACUCUUCAAGGAUGAGGCUAUGGAGGAGAGAGAGGUGUCUGCGGGUCAGUGGUUCCCGUUCUAUGAUUCCGUUCCUCAAGAGUUGUUCCGCAAAAUAAAAUGCGCCGAAUAUUCGGUUCCCAAAGAGAGUCGAGUGUCGUUCAGUACGAUAUCUAUUAUCCAUAAGCUAUUGGUGUUGAAUCCGAGGGAACGUAUGACUGCCGAGCAUGUGUUGGACGCACUUCAGACAUCGCUCGCCCUCUGGUUGUCUACAAAGAAUAUGAUUUCACAGUUACAAGUAGUUCCCGAUAUCGACCAACAAUUGAAUACUAAUAAUGAUAAUAAAUCAGAUGAAGUGACAGCUAAAGAGACAAAGAAACUGCAGCUUAAAGGCAAUGAAUUGUUUGUUAAUAAUUAUAAGCAAAUUGUGGACAAUCGCGUUGAUGUGCCCAAUGCUGAGCCAUCGACUAGCGGUUCCCAUAAACACAGUGUUAUACAUCUGACGAGUGGUCGUAUCAGAACCACUCCCAUCGGAACCCUUCCCAUCCGUCGCAUUGAAAGCGACGCCAAACCCCUAACCGCUCAACAACUGCUUUAUUAUAAGAGUCUUAUAUCUAAUUCAAACGAUACGUAA